UGAGCUGGCAGUGCGCUCUGUGCAAAUAUGAAAUUCUUAGCAAUAUUGACGCUGUUUCUGUUCAGUCAAACAUGGUGCAACGUCAGUGCCACGUCGAGUCCGCUUAAUGACAUCAAAUUCAGUCGCCGGCUUUUGGUAUUGCCUAAAGAUGAAUCCGCAGGCAUUAUUGACAUUAAGGUGCAUCCGGUUCGACUGGCGCGCAAGUUAAUUUUAGACUUAAAGCUUUACCACCUGGUGAACGAGGUGGUGCAGGCCAAGUACAUUACAGAUGGCAACAUCAGACUUCUCUUCGAGAUGGGCUCGGCAUUGCAGGCCAACGCAGUCUUUCAGAAAUGGCAAGAGUCGCAAGGUGAGCUCAGCAGCCAGAUGAAUGUCGCACCGUCAGAUUGCAGUUUCUACGAAGCCGUAUGUACCAAUUCACAAACAAGAGAAAUAUAAAUAUAUGAAAUUCGAAAUGAAUUCGAAUUACAAGUGGAAUAAUAAAUUACUUAAGUCGCUCUGUAGCUCUCUAGCUCUGCUUAUUUCGUUAACUUUAGCUCGGCUUUAGUUGACAUUUCUAC